AUGUCCAGCAUGAAUCCCGAAUAUGAUUAUUUAUUCAAGUUACUUCUGAUUGGAGACUCUGGGGUUGGAAAGUCUUGCCUCCUCCUUAGGCUUGCAGAUGAUACAUACACAGAAAGCUACAUCAGCACAAUCGGUGUGGAUUUCAAAAUAAAAACUAUAGAGUUAGAUGGCAAAACAACAAAGCUUCAAAUAUGGGACACAGAAUUUGCUGAUUCCCAUGGAAUUCCAUUUUUGGAAACCAGUGCUAAAAAUGCAAGGAAUGUAGACAAGUCUUUCACAAUAAUGGCAGCUGACAUUAAAAAAUGGAUGGGCCCUGGAGCAACAGCUGGUGGUACAGAGAAGACCAAUGUUAAAAUUCAGAGCACUCCAGCCAAGCAGUCAGGUGGAGGUUGCUGCUAA